UGAGGGCGUCUGCGGCGGAAAGGAGUAGAGACGUAGUGCCACCACUUGGAGAAAGAAAUAGAGCAGAUGAUUAUGUUGGCACCACGACUGCUGCUCUAGUUCAUCUUGAUGGAACUCAGCCACGCGUUUUCCCGAGUCGCAACAUAGAGCCACCGACUCCCGAGCUUCGAGCUGAGGAGUGGCUCAAUGAAAACUUGCCGAUUUCUCACUACACAGACGCAACAAUUACUAUGGACUUCCACGUUUUCGAACCACGUGUGGUGCCG